AUUAUGGUCAGCUGACUUCGACAACCGCGGCUCUUUUCUUUUUGUGGUUGUAUUUUGUUGUUUUGGGGAUACUUUAGUACUGUCUACACUUUUUCGAAAAAAAUAUCUUCUACAGUUGAACACUCGAAAUGCUUAUUUCACUUUUUAAUCGUGGGUUCUCUCUCGCAACUUCAUAAAGUUGUUCCUCUGCAGAAAUGCAGCGGAACACAUUGCUUGCCGUUUCACUAAUUUUGUGCAUCACAGACGCAUUUUCUGAAUCUUUCGUCAUCGAUGUUGACGUGAGAAAACCUGUUGCACCUUUAAAACACUUCUGGAAAAGCACUGGUUUCUGUCCCCCUCUCCCUCACACUCAGGCAGACCAGUUUGACCUCAGCAUUGACCAGCAACAGAACCUUGCCUAUGUGGCUUCUGUCCCACAUGGAGGGAUCCAGCAGGUCAGAAUACACUGGAUGUUGGAGCUGAUCUCUGCCCAAGAUGUUGGAGGACAAACCCGGUACAAUUUUACAAAACUGGACCAGUUAAUUGAUCUCCUAUGGAUUAAUGGACUCCGGCCAGGUUUUGAACUGAUGGGCAGUGUCUCAAACUACUUCACUGAUUUUGAAGACAAAGCUCAAGUGUUCAAAUGGAGAAAUCUGGUUUAUCUCAUAGCUAAAAGGUACAUUGAAAAAUAUGGUCUUGGAAGCGUUUCUCAAUGGAACUUUGAAACAUGGAACGAGCCCAACAACCAUGACUUUGAUAAUGUCAGCAUGUCAAUUCAAGGGUUUCUGAAUUAUUACGAUGCCUGUUCAGAGGGCCUGCGGGCUGCGAGCAAGUUGCUUCGGUUUGGAGGUCCGGGUGACUCCUGUCACUCGCCUCCACGCUCGCCUUACUGCUGGGCCAUGCUCCAACACUGCUACAAUGGCACCAACUACUUUACUGGAGAAACGGGCAUCAGGAUCGACUACAUUGCCCUGCACAAGAAGGGAGGAGGUUACUCUUUGCCUAUCCUUCAGCAGGAGAUGCAGACUGUCGAUGAGAUCCUGAAGCGUUUCCCUCAUUUCCGUAGCCGGCCUGUGUUCAAUGAUGAGGCGGAUCCACUGGUGGGCUGGUCCCGACCUCAGGAGUGGAGAGCAGAUGUGACCUAUGCUGCCAUGGCAGUUAAGAUUAUCAGUCAGCAUCAGGAAUUGCUGUCCGCAAACACUACAAUCAACUACACCCUGCUGAGCAACGAUAACGCCUUCCUCAGCUACCACCCUCACCCCUUCACUCAGCGCACUCUGACCGCACGCUUUCAAGUCAACAACACUCAACCUCCUCACGUGCAGCUCAUCAGGAAGCCUGUCCUCACUGUCAUGGGCCUUCUGGCUUUGCUUGGUGAGUCCCAGGUCCUGGCACAGGUAUUGAACUCCUCAGAAGCCAAUAAUGUCCACAGUGGCACCUUAGGAGUUCUGGCAAGUACCCACCAGCCCGAAAUCCCCAGAGGUUCAGACAGCUGGCAGGCAGCCUUGUUGGUCUACAACAGUGACGAUAACCACACAUCUGCCAGUACUGAUGUUGUCGCUGUGUCACUAAAAGGACUGCAGACACACACAGGACUGGUAUAUGUCACCUACCUAAUGGACAAUAAUGUGAGUAACCCAUACCAAAAAUGGCUGAACAUGGGAAGCCCUAACUACCCCACGACAGAGCAGUUCACAAAGCUCAGGAAUGCCCAGGAACCUCACAUUGUUGGACCGCUGCCGGUGCCUAGAGGUGGCACGCUCACUUUGAAAGCAAGACUGCAAAUUCCCUCUGUGCUGCUGAUACAUGUAUGUGCCCGACCCAAAGCUGCUCCCAACCAGGUCAGUGGUUUGCGAUUCAUCAGGAUCACCAAAGGCCAAGUUCUCAUUAUCUGGUCCGAUAGCUGUGUUGAUUCCAAAUGUAUUCAGACAUUCGAAGUGGAGUUUUCUUCAAGUCAGAAGGGAUUCAGCAGGAUUAAUAGCCACAACACCAUUUUUACAUCAUUUGUUUAUUCACCUGGGGACCAGGAGGUGAGUGGAAUUUACAGAAUUCGGGCUGUGGACUACUGGGGCAGGCCUGGGAUGUACUCACUACCUGAGGAGUAUUCAGAGGAGCUUUAGCCAUAUGUAUGUACAGUAUUCAUUUUAAGCAGUUAUAUAAAAAAUCUGCUAUUUUAGCCCACCCAUUGCCAUGUAUUCAUAAACUUUGUAUUGUUUUUAAAUAUCAAAGGAGUGAUACUUGGAAAGUCUGUUUUGGUUUGUUGUCAAUCUUAUUUUAUUUUUUUAAUGAAGUCGUUUUAAAAACACAAGGAACCUUUGUAGUUUUGUAAUUAUAAAACGUAUUCCAGAAUGAUGAAACGGUACAAAUUCCACCCAUGAUGAUGACAAUGACAUUUCUGUUCAAUUCAACAGAAUAGACCUUAAUACAAUUUUUGUUGGCAAUUACUUAACAUUUUAGCAUCAUGACAACUGAAACAAUGAUUACAAUUUUAGGUGUAACAGGAUUAUUCUUGUAUCUUGGGUCAGCUUUAAUGGAGUGCUGGAUUUAUUCCCGGCAUGAUGACUCAUGAAGUUCUCAAUGGCUGCUGUUUGGGAUAUGUUUAGCAAGCUCCUGAAGAGAAGGAAAACAAAUGGAUUAUACUCCAUACAUCCACUUUGCUUGGAACACCUAUUAUACUGCAAGUCUAAACUCUCUUGUGAACACGUACCGGACUGAAGCACAGGCUGGAACUGCCCUGCCAUGCAGAUUUCUUCCUGUUUUUGGCGCACGAUUCUCUGGAUCGGAGGGGGCAGGCCACGGGGGUUGCGGGAGAAGACCAGGGCAUAACCGUCCUCGCAGCUUCCAUCAUCCUUCAGGCUGCGGCAGGCGUAGGUGAUGGCAUAGUUGUCGUAGUCCGUGUCAAUGACCCAGUAAUUGUCACCUGGAAAAGCACAGAGGACACAUUUAUUCAUUUCUCGUUCACAAAUUCAUUUCUCGUUCACAAAUUCUCAGUAAAAUAUUUAUUGAGCAUACCUCCACUAGAGAGAUAGCUGGCAAGUCCCUGGUAGUUCAUGAACAUCUUGCCUGGACUCUCGGGAUUAGGCACAGAGUACUGAGCAGCCAUGUCAGCACACACAACCCAGAACCUGAAUCAUUGUCAUUAGAAAAAGUCACAUGAGGAAAAAAAGAAAAAUACUUUAAACGAGUAUGAGCAGUGAUUAUGACUCACCCGAACAAAGUGACUCUGCCCCGAGAGGAGGCCACCAUAGCGCCAUCGUCUCCAACAGUGUACUCAGCAGAAAUGUUGUCCUGAAGGAACAAACCCUCGGGAUCUUUCUUCUGCAGGGCGUACCAUUUACCUGCAUACUAAUGGAAAAAAACAUUCUUUUUAACUGGGGUAAAAUCUGUAGUGGGAGGUUUGAAGUACAA